AUGCCUAUGAUCAACAUGGAGUCAACCACGCUGUCCACCGUUAAGAAUGUGGAUACAGAACUCGUGUUCUGGCACCGGCCGGAAGAUAUGAGCGUGGUCUCGGACUUUACCAAGGACAAGCCCGAGGAAUGUAUGCCAGCUAUGAAGGCGCUGGACGAGAAGCAUCCCGUUCAGGUGCAAGAUAUCCGAGGCCAGGAGGGCCGAUUCACCUUGGGCCAGAACGGAUUCCAAUAUGUUCACCACGACAUACUUGGGUUUGACAAGGCUUCAGACUCGACACAUGUAGAAUCAGUCAUCAUUCCCGAGAUGGAGAAAUUGGUUCAACAAAUAACUGACGCAACAAGGACAAUCACCUUCACCCACCGAGUGCGAUGCUUCGCAGAUGAUUCAGCCAUGCUGGCGAAUAAUCGCGCACCAGCGCACAUCGUACAUUCCGACUUCACGGCAGCCGGUGCCCUGUGUCAUCUCAGGUCAGUAGUUCAGGACGCUGAAGAGCGACAGCGUCUCCUUGAAGGCCGAGUGCAAAUUAUCAAUGUCUGGCGACCUCUGAAGACCAUCGAAAGAGACCCGCUAGCCAACCGUCUGGUGCUCCCCACGGGAUGGAAUGAGUUGGGCAAGUACGCGUUCAACCCGAGACAGAAGUGGUAUUAUGUGGGUGGACAGCGGCCCCAAGAAGCGCCGAUUUUCCGGCAGUUUGAUAGCCAGGAAGAUCAGGGAGGUAUGACGUUGCCUCACACGGCUUUUGUGGAUCCUUCUUCGACGAGUGGUCCUGCAAGGGAGAGCAUUGAGAUCAAGAUGUUUGCCUUCAUGUAG